AUGGCGCCCGAAGCCACCGAGGACCACGGCGUCGACCAGACCGUCCUGGCCCUUCGCAAGGUCCUCGUCUCCGAGGCCGAGCCUCUCGCUCGCCGAUUCCGCGCUCUCUUCUCCCUUAAGCACCUGGCUUGCCUGCAGCCUCCUACCGAACAGACCCUCCCCGCGAUCCAGGCGAUCGCCGCUGGUUUCGUGUCGCGCUCGGCGCUGCUGAAGCACGAGCUUGCCUACUGCCUGGGUCAGACUCUGAACCGCGACUCUGUUUCGUACCUGCAGCAAGUCGUGAAGGAUGUUGACGAGGAUGCGAUGUGCCGCCAUGAGGCCGCUGAGGCCCUCGGCGCCCUGGGAUAUGAUGACAGCUUGGACCUGCUGAAGAAGCUGCGUGAUGAUAAGAAUGAGUUGGAGAUUAUUCGGGAGACUUGCGACAUCGCUGUCGACCGUAUCAUUUGGGAGAACUCCGAGGAGAGGAAGGCUGAGAAGUUGAAACCUAGUGACUUCACCUCCAUUGACCCUGCUCCCCCUAUGCCCCUGCAGGCCAGCGAGCCCUCCAUUCCCGACCUCGAGAAGACCCUGCUCGAUACCAAGCUUCCUCUCUUUCAAAGAUACCGGGCUAUGUUCGGUCUCCGCGACCUCGCCUCUCCCCCUGACCUCCCCACCGCCGUCGGCGCCAUCAACGCGCUUGCCAAGGGUCUGAACGACCCCUCUGCCCUGUUCCGUCACGAGAUCGCCUUCGUCUUUGGUCAACUCUGCCACCCCGCCUCUAUCCCCUGCCUUACAACCUGCCUGAGCAACAUUCAAGAGGAAGGUAUGGUGCGUCACGAGGCCGCCGAGGCUCUGGGCAGCCUGGGCGACGAGGAGGGCGUGGAAGAGACCCUCAAGAAGUUCUUGAACGACCCCGAGCAGGUUGUGCGCGACAGUGUCAUUGUGGCCCUCGAUAUGGCCGAGUUUGAGAAGAACGGAGAGGUUGAAUACGCAUUGAUUCCGGACGGAGCUGCCACCCCGGUUUCCGCGGCAUGA